UCCAUCGUGUACUGUACUAGUUCCUCUAGAAACAACCAUUUUCUUGAUGGGCAAGAUAAAGCCAAUCUUUAUGGUUCUAAGGCCCUCUAAUGGUCAUAUAUGGAAGAUUGCGUUUAUUGUUCUGCUGUUUCUUUUGACACUUGGAGUGGGAAGUAGUAUUAAUAAUGAACAACACGAAAGAGGCAGUAAUAACACAAUGAAGAACAGAAUUCCCAGAGCCUUGUUCGGAAGUAAAAAACAACAACAGGGAUAUUACUUCCCUAUAGCAUCAUAUAACGUCAAGCAUCAUAAACCAGCAAAUGAUGAAUAUAGCUACCACAAAAAACCGGAAACAUGGGAAUAUCACGGAUCUUAUUACUACGGUUUUAGACCAAAGAAGAAGAACUUUAAAGCCAAGAAGGCUGCAGCUAUAGCAUUAGCAGGCAUUCCAAUUUUACUGGCACCUUUGCUAGGACUACUAAUUGCGCCUGCUGCCCUUACCAUUCCGACGGUGACAGUGACGGCAGGAGCAGCAGGUAGAAAAAGACGCCGGAGAUAUGCAGAAGAAAGCGAAAAAGAAAGAGUACAAGAAAUUCAGGCUGUAGCAUCGUAUUUACAAAAGAUCCAUUACGAUACAGAUCAGCAAGAAACUAUGAUGGCAAACUACCUCCGAUGUAGCGGGAUGUUGGAUAAAAACGAUCACUGCUUGGAGAAACUAGCUUGUGAGUUCAGCAAUCCUGUAAACAGAAGAAGUCCCGAAAUUGAGUUAACCGUCUCGUCAAUCUUGUUAGGACAUCUUCUCAGAAGCAAGCACAUACCCAUGGAGUUUAAAGCUCGGCUGAAGGCAGCGGCUCGUUUCGGUAGAAAUUUUUCUGGUGGAUGUGACGUGUAUGUUUGCGAAAAAAUUCAAUCUCUAAUUGACGAAAAUACUGCAUUUCAACAAGAUCAACUCAGACGUCAGAGACUACUUUAUGCUAAACAGCAUUAAUCUCCAAUGUAGUUGAAUGUCCGUAAAUAAACAAAUGUUCUUAUAAUUCAA